GCCGGUGGGGUUAGGCUGCCGCACCCGGAAGUGGCGGCUGGAGAGGCAGCGCUGAGGUGUCGGCCGGCGGAUUGCGGAGCCGGGGGAGCCCGGGGCGGGGGCGUUGGUCAUGUUUCCCUUCGGGCCGCGGAGUCCCGAGGGGGACGGGGCGGAGGAGCCGACGCCCCACGGCGGGUCCGCGGCAGCCGUCAGGACCUCCUCGCCGCCGCCACCGCCCCAGCCCGGGGCUGACUCAGGCCCGCCCCCGCCGGCCGCCCGGAGCCCCCGGCGCCCCGGUGUCCCCUCGCUGCCCGCGGCCGCGCGCGCCGGGGAGCUGGGGCCGCCGGCCGGAGCGCCGGAGCCCUCGUCCUCCGCCCAGGGAGAGCCGUCCCCGCCCGGCUCCCCGCGCCGGCGCUCGGGGCCGGACGGCAGGGCCGGGAGCCGGGGCUGGCCGGGCCUCUGCGGCGGCCUGGGCAGCUCCGGCGCCCGGCUCUUCGGGUGGCUGCGAGAGCGCAGCCUGGGCCGCGGGCUCUUCGUGGACCCGGCGCGGGACAACUUCCGCACCAUGACGAAUCUCUACGGUUCCAUCCACCCGGCGGACUCGGUGUACCUCAGCACUCGCACCCACGGCGCUGUCUUCAACCUCGAGUACUCGCCCGACGGGUCAGUGCUGACAGUUGCCUGUGAACAGACUGAAGUUCUCCUUUUUGAUCCUAUAUCUUCAAAGCACAUAAAAACUCUUUCUGAAGCUCAUGAAGAUUGUGUAAAUAAUAUCAGAUUUCUUGAUAACCGGCUGUUUGCUACCUGCUCUGAUGACACUACAAUAGCACUAUGGGAUCUGAGAAAAUUGAACACCAAAGUAUGCACUUUACAUGGUCAUACUAGCUGGGUGAAGAACAUCGAAUAUGAUACUAAUACAAGACUCUUAGUAACAUCAGGAUUUGAUGGAAAUGUCAUUAUUUGGGACACUAACAGGUGCACAGAAGAUGGGUGUCCACAUAAGAAAUUCUUUCAUACACGUUUCCUCAUGCGAAUGAGAUUAACACCAGAUUGUUCAAAAAUGUUGAUCUCAACAUCCUCUGGAUAUCUCUUGAUUUUGCAUGAUCUUGACUUAACCAAGUCAUUAGAAGUAGGCAGCUAUCCCAUUUUGAGAGCAAGAAGAACUACAUCAAGCUCUGAUUUGACCACGUCAUCAAGUUCAUCUGGUCCUAGGAUUUCUGGCUCACCUUGUCAUCACAACGAUUCUAAUUCAGCUACUGAGAAACACAUGUCCCGAGCCUCUCAAAGAGAAGGAGUUUCACCACGAAACAGUCUUGAAGUCUUAACCCCUGAAGUUCCUGGUGAAAGAGACCGUGGAAAUUGCAUCACAUCCUUACAGCUGCAUCCAAAAGGCUGGGCCACUCUGCUUCGGUGCUCAAGCAACACUGAUGAUCAGGAGUGGACUUGUGUCUAUGAAUUCCAGGAAGGCGCUCCAGUGCGACCUGUCUCCCCUCGCUGCUCUCUACGACUGACUCAUUACAUUGAAGAAGCCAACGUGGGCAGGGGUUACAUCAAAGAACUUUGCUUCAGCCCAGAUGGGCGAAUGAUCUCUUCCCCUCAUGGCUAUGGGAUUCGCUUAUUGGGAUUUGACAAGCAGUGCAGCGAACUUGUUGACUGUUUACCCAAAGAAGCCAGUCCCCUGCGGGUGAUCCGCUCUCUGUACUCACAUAAUGAUGUGGUACUGACGACGAAGUUCUCUCCAACGCAUUGUCAGAUUGCCUCAGGGUGCCUUAGCGGACGGGUUUCUUUGUAUCAGCCAAAGUUUUAGGCACAACUUACAUCAAAACAAGGAACUCUUCUGGUGUUUGACUUAUAAAUUACUUCAAUUUAGAUGAAGUAUUUUCAGAAUAUCUAAAGUUUGGGUCAAGAUCCUAGUUCUUACGGGUCUACGGACACCCCUGUGACCUGAGCACUCGGUCGUCCAGCACCAUCUGGGCAUCUCUGAGGUAGACGUGCUGCAGCAGCGCAUCAGCAUUCCUCUCCUCCUGCUGAUCUGUGCCACUCGGCUCCACCUCUUCUGGGGAUUUUGCACAAUCACUCUUGUCGUGUUCCGGUUCUUUACCCUCCUGCUUUCCCCGGUUCCUUCUCUCUCCUCCUCCCCAGUUUUGGUGUAAAUAUUGUGGACACUUGACAGGAGUUUUGGUUGAGACAGGAGAAACCCAUGACACAAGUAUUGAAUAAAACCCAGAAGUUUCAUGUGGGAAUACUGAUUGUUGAAAAAGAAAUCUCAUCUUCAUUUAUCAGUGUAUUUGGCCUUUUAAAUUCAGAGCACAGAUAAUGGCAUUAUUCUCAUACUUGUUAGGUAGUAUUGCAACAAAAUGUCUUAAGCUUCCUGUUAAUAUACAAGGUUUGUCUUUUGGUGGUUUUUGUUUUGUUUUGUUUUGUUUUUUUCUUCUCAUGAUGAGAGAGAUUUUGCUGUGAAAUGCUAGGAAAAAAAUAUUGCCGGCUCUUUGUACUUGUAUGAAUUUAAAAUCUCCAGCAUGUGCCCUUACCUGGUGUUUUGUUCCCAUGCACAGCAUUCGAAAGGAAAGAGAAGGGGUAGGCUUUGGUUACUCCCACCGUGCAGAAGACGACCAGUUGGAUUCGUAUGGUGUCCGACUAGCACGAUGCCAGCAACAUGGUUUUGAUUUUUCUGUGUCGUCUGCCAGAUUGCUUGGAUUGCUUAGCAUGAUGUGUUAGCACUGGGCUGAAAAGGAAUCCACAGGUGGUUUUCCAUGUUUCACAAGUUCAGCUCCCUGACGGAGAGUGAGGGGAGUCCUGCAGCCCUCUGCCAGCUGCUGUCAGAGCCCUGAUCAUCCGUCACUUAAUGUCAAGACGAAGUGCUCAUAGGAAGGACUUUGUUUUGCUUCUGUUUUUUGUAUUUUGUUGUGGCAUGAAACAAGUGAGAGCACCAAGUGGGGUGCUAGGGCCAAAAACAAGGAGACUGCUGUGCUGAGUAAGGCACUGCCUGGUAACCUGCACUCUGAAGGGGAUUGUGUUUAGAAGGGAUUUUUCUAGAAGCUGGAGUUACUCAAGCCAUGCACUAGCCUCGCCCUCCUAGGCUGCUUACUUCUAGGGCAGUGGUUCUCAAAUGUUGAGGUGCAUUGUAAUCACUGAAGAGCCUGUUAAGAAUGCAGAGACCUGGGCCUCACCACAGAAAACCCUUACUCAGCCAGGAGAGGGUAGGACUCUGUAUUCUUAAAAGGAACCCCAGGUAAUCUUUAUUCAGUCUUGGGGUUGGAGUUUUAAAAAUACAACCUUAAACAGCAGCAAAUACUUCUAUAACCAUUGGUGCUUAACACAGUUCUCAGAAGGUGUUUUAAUUAUUUUAGUAAUAAGUAAAGGAAUUUUAUAGGCAGACAUGGUAUUAACUGCAUUUUUGACAGAUGAGUGAACUGGCUAAGAUCAUCCUGCAGAGUUAGAAUCAGGUCUCCUGAUUGCUCAGGGCAGCUUCUACUGUAAUGUGUCGCCUGUAAGUUACAUUACUGUGAAUACCCAGAGACUCAUCAAAGAUUGAAACAGCAAGGCAUGAAGGUAGAGCCAAGAACUCCAGUCACAAGAAGAAAAGCUUCUUAAAUCUUACUGAAAAGCGUAAACAACUUAAAUACAUGACUAAACGUGAUGUCUGUAGGAGCUACUGUGAAUAAACACGCACGGGCAUGGGGUGAUUCACAUCCUCACUGGGAACAACGCUGGCUUUUAAGCUAAUUUUAAAAAUUAGAUCCACUUUACCCACAGCAAACUUUUAGGCAUUGAAAAUUACCACAAGGCAUAGUGAAAACAAAGGCUUGCCAUCAACUUCAUGAAAAGCACAUACUUAAAAAAUUCGUUUGGGGAGUAGAACCAUCCAAAAUUCUCAUUAAAAAUAAGUUACCUCGUACCAUGGUCAUACCAGUAGUCACAAGAAGAUGGCGUGAAUCACACCAGCCUUGGAAAGAGUUCCCUGUCGGCUGUUGGCAUCUGUUUGUUACCUUGCCCUGAAUGCACCCAGUGAGUCUGAACCACUGCAGAGGACCUGUAUAUCAAAUAAUAUACAUUGUGUGCCAUUCCUCCCAGAAAUCUCGCAAGGUUGGGGGUAUGAACCCCAGUUUACUUGGGAGGUGAAUCAGGAAGAUUGGGUGGCUCACCUGAACUCAGCAGUGACUGACAUGACCGGGGUGCCCACCAGGGCUGAGUGACGCCAAAGCCUGUGCUUACUGCUCUUUUUGUCUUUCAGUUAGUAAAUGAGCCUGUUUAUUUGCUUAGCAUCUUCUAGAAGGUUGGGAUUACAAAGCCGGUUUACCUUCGCUUACCUUCUGAUUCAGGUAAAAGCAUUUUCAAGAGUGACUGUUUCCAUGGGAACCAUAAACGUGGGGCAUAAAGUCCCUUUCUGACUCGAAAAUCAGAGGCAGGAUUAACAGCUGUUAAAUGGGAGGAAAGUGAGGGUAAGCAGCCUUGAAUAAAAAGCAAAUAAAAAGGAGCCACACAGAUGAGAAUUUAAAACACAACCAGCAAGAAGGAAUCUGUGUUCUCCUUGAGGUAACCGUUACCAUCAAAAGGGCAUCCGGGAACAGGAGGCAAGAGCUGAAGGGUGUGAGGCGCGCCCCACCCCUGGAGGAAGUAACAUCUCACAUCAAACUUCAGUUCAGUUACUUCUGUUCUUAAAAAUUAGCACCUGUACUAUUCGUGUUAAUGUAAUGGAAUCAUUGAUAAAAUGUAAUACAAAUUGUUCUGUUUUAAAAAGCUUUCUCUAGAACAGUAUAUUUAUGACAAUGCUACAUUGAAUUAGUUAAGAACCUCAAAUAUACAACAGUUCCUUAUGUUUAAUUAUGAAAAUGGAAGUUGGCUAAAGUAGAAGACACCUCUAGCUUAGUCUGUUUAAAUGUGUGCGGGUUUUUUUUUUUUUUUUUUUUCCUCAGAAGUUCAAAGCACAUACAUAUUUUGUAAAGGAUAUCCCCAAGACCGUACCAAAAAUAUUAGGAAGAGAAGGAAGAAGACCAUCCCAUGUUCCUCACCCUUCUCUCGAGGCCCAAGGCGAGGUUUUGAUCAUUGACAGAAGUUGUGUUCCGCAGCAAGCGUAAUAUAGGAAAAGCACUUGGAGAACCUGCCAGAGGCCGAGUGUUUCCCAUGUUGCUGAGAGCCAAGGGCCCAGCACCCGAGUGUGUCAGGGCCCCAUCUGGGGAAGGGAGAGUAUUGGAGAUGGCAGUCAUCUCCCUCUACUGACCAGCGAUCGUGGGACUCACUCGGGUACACCCCACGCUGGCCUGAAGAAAGGCACAUGUGUGAUUUUUGGGGUAACUAAUGCCCAUCUCUUAAGUGCCAAAACUUAAACCUGGUAAUUAUUUUUGAUGCAAGUCUUUCAGGUAUGCUAACGUACCUCCGUGCCCUCAUAAAGAGCAUGCUCAGUAUAAGUCAUUUUUUUACGAUGAAAAGUUCUAGGCAUAACAUGUAAUUUUACAAACAUCCAUGAGCUAUGAUACAUACGCUUCAUGCAGUGUUAAGGGCUAUAGCAGCUACAGCUGAACCGUUACCUAAACCAAGCGACUCCCUCAGUCCUGAGAUCCAUAAAAGCACUACUUGCCUCCAACCGCAAGCUUGUGUUUUUCAAUUUUUUUUAGAUCUGCUGGGCGGCGGGAUUCGCCGCUUCCCUUGCUCUCAGCCUGCCUGUGCACAGGGCCCCCGCCUUCUGCCAACUAGCUGUGUUCUAGUGUUGCGAACCAGGAUUGAAGGACACAGCCUGCCGCGUCUGGACGAGCUCAGGGUACGCAGUCUUUGCCAAGGCUCUCGGCUGCUUUCCCCCGUCCUGACAGGCACAGCAACCCAGGUAACCAAAGCUCCCAGUUGAAGUUGAGGCUACAGUUUCAGCUGACACUAGGUAAGAUACUACAAACCAACAUGCUACUGGAUGGCGGGUUAGAAAAUAGUGUACCAAAGUUCAACAAGUGACAACAGAGGCUCCAGUUUGCACAAAGGUCUUACCGUGCUUUUAAGUACAAAGAAGCAUACAAGGGGAAAACAUGAAAAAAAUCCACAUUGACAAGAGUAUUUGAGCUGCCACUAAACUGUAAGUAACUGUUGAGAUGUAUGUUGAAAUUGCCACAUGCUGCUACAAAGAUGCAGUUUAGUCUCAUCGAUUAAGAUUAUAUUGAAAUUUAUAUUCUGGAUGUCCUAAGAAUUUCUGCCAUUCAAAUUAAGGGAAGUUAUUAUGAAAAAGGAAGUCUCCAAUUCUGUGCUGCUCUCUUUAAUUAUAAAUGAACCUGUGCUAGAGAUGGGGGUUUUAUCGGACGCCCCAAGGGACAUGUUUUGGAUACACACGUGUUGUAUCAGUGUGGGAAUAUACAUGUCACAAGUGGAAUAUCACCUGGAGAUAAUAAACUAAUUUUUAAAA